AUGUCAUCCAAUUUCUCCUCUCAAUUGGGCGGGGCGUCGAACACCAUCCCGCCGCCCACAGAAAAGCCGAUCGCCCAUCUCGCCACUGUCUUACUGAUCGUCCGUUUACAGUAUGCCCUGGCGACCAUAGCAGUAAGCUACCCGAUAACCCCCUCGAUCGGUAUGAAUUUCCAGUUCUCCCAAUCACGCCGAAUCACCGAGUUCUUCCAGACGAGCAAGGAGCUGAUAAUCAAGGGCACAGCCGCUUAUGGCGACAAACCAUUUGAGCUUAUGACGGAAUCGAGCAACGUCUUGGUCUUGCCCCCAUCUUUCAUCCGCAAACUUCGAAGUGACCCAAACCUUGCUUUCGAGGAACCUGCCAUUGAUAAUGGCAUGAGAUUAGUCUCCAGCUACAAAGUCGGCCAGUGGCUGUCACUCGCCGCGAUCCACACGACGAUCGAUUGGCUCACACAGACCAUGGUCGAUCUGGCGGAGUACCCCAAGCUCUUCCAGCCUCUGCGUGGCGAGUUUUCUCGCGUUCUCGGUGCCGAGGGAUUUAAGAUGAUGGCACUCUAUAAACCGAAACUGAUGGACAGCGUCAUCAAAGAGUCGCAACGCAGGAAGCCUGUCCUACUCUCUAUCUGGCGCCGACUCGCCAAGAAAGACGUCAUUUUCUUCAACGGCGUCGUCCUUCGCAAAGGCCAGAAGAUCAUCGCCACAAACAUUCACAUGUCGGACGUCAACUACUAUGAGAACACCGCAAAGUACGACGGCUACCGGUUCCUCACCAUGCGUGACGCUUACCCCGGCCCCUUCUUCGCCGUCAACGAGAUCAAGAUUACGCCGGCUCACUUGCUGCUAAGAUACGACUGGAAGUUCCCCGAAGGCUUCAAGCCGCAGACGAUGCCUCACAUCAUGGUUCUGUUGCCGGAUCUUUUGGCGACGCUGUUGAUUCGCAGAAGAAAGGAGGAGCUCUAUUUAGACUCGUUGGAGCGUCGAUCUGUUUCCCUUCCUAUUUUUAUCUGUUAG